AUGCCUGUUAUGAAAGGCUUGUUAGCGCCUCAGAAUACCUUCUUAGACACCAUAGCAACGCGGUUUGAUGGAACACACAGCAAUUUUAUCCUCGCAAAUGCUCAGGUGUACCGUGGCUUUCCCAUCGUGUACUGCUCAGAUGGAUUCUGCGACCUUACUGGCUACGCUCGCACUGAAGUCAUGCAGAAGAAUUGUGGGUGCCGAUUCCUGCAUGGAGCAGAGACUAAUGACCAGGUUUUUGUGCAGAUUGAAAAAGCACUUGACAGCAAGCAAGAGUUUCAGGGAGAAGUGCAAUUCUACAAGAAAUCAGGCACUGCAUUUUGGUGUCUGCUUGACAUUGUACCCAUUAAAAAUGAGAAGGGGGAGGUUGUACUGUUCCUGGUUUCCUUUAAGGAUGUCACCGAUACCCGAGGCAUUAACCACCCAGGAGAUGGGAAAGAAGAAGGAAAGCGGAAGAACAAAAAGAGUAGUGGGUCCCAUUUUAGUGUUGCACGUAAACAGGGCAGGACUGUCCUCUACCAUCUGACCAGCCAUCUUCAGAAACGUGACAAAAAUAAAGUCACGUUGAACAACAAUAUGUUUGAGAAUAAGUCCUCUCUCCCGGAAUAUAAAGUGGCGUCCAUCCAGAAAUCCCGCUUCAUCCUCAUGCACUACAGCAUGUUCAAAGCUGGCUGGGACUGGCUCAUCUUACUGGCUACGUUUUAUGUUGCUGUGACUGUCCCGUACAACGUUUGUUUCACGGAAAGUGAUGACAGCUCCACUGCUUCACGCAGCACCACCGUCAGUGACAUCGCUGUGGAAAUGCUUUUCAUUUUCGAUAUAAUCCUGAACUUUCGUACCACGUAUGUCAGUCAGUCAGGUCAAGUGGUGUAUGAUGCACGAUCCAUCUGCAUUCAUUAUGGAACCACAUGGUUUAUUGUGGAUCUAAUUGCUGCAUUGCCAUUUGAUCUUCUUUAUGCCUUUAACAUCACUGUGACCUCUCUUGUUCACUUGUUGAAGACUGUGCGUCUGUUGCGGUUGCUGCGUUUAUUACAAAAGCUUGACCGGUACUCCCAAUACAGUGCUAUGGUCCUCACACUUCUAAUGUCAAUGUUUGCACUGCUUGCUCACUGGAUGGCCUGCAUUUGGUAUGUGAUUGGCAGGAGGGAGAUGGAAAUGAAUGAUCCACACACAUGGGACAUUGGUUGGUUAAAUGAGCUUGGAAAACGGUUAGAGAUGCCAUACACAAACAACUCAAUUGGUGGUCCAUCUGUCAGAAGUGCCUAUAUUGCUGCCCUCUACUUCACCCUGAGCAGCUUAACCAGCGUCGGAUUUGGAAAUGUUUCAGCAAAUACAGAUGCAGAGAAGAUAUUUUCAAUCUGCACAAUGCUUAUAGGAGCUCUAAUGCAUGCCGUUGUUUUUGGGAAUGUUACCGCCAUCAUCCAGCGCAUGUACUCAAGGCGCUCCCUCUAUCACACCCGAAUGAAGGACCUGAAAGACUUUAUACGAGUUCACCACCUUCCUCGACAGCUUAAACAGCGAAUGCUGGAGUAUUUCCAAACGACGUGGUCAGUGAAUAAUGGGAUUGAUGCCAACGAGCUUUUACGAGAUUUCCCGGAUGAGCUACGUGCAGACAUUGCUAUGCAUCUGAACAAGGAGAUUCUGCAGUUACCCCUGUUUGUAUCGGCCAGUCGUGGGUGCCUGAGGUCAUUGUCUCUCCACAUCAAAACAUCUUUCUGUGCCCCAGGAGAGUACCUCAUCAGACAGGGUGAUGCCUUGCAGGCAAAUUACUUCGUGUGUUCAGGUUCAAUGGAAGUUCUCAAAGACAACAUGGUACUGGCCAUUCUUGGUAAAGGAGAUCUGAUCGGUGCAGACCUUUCAACCAAGGGCAAGGUGAUUAAAACCAAUGCGGAUGUUAAAGCAUUAACUUAUUGUGACCUGCAAUACAUUAGUUUGCGAGGCCUGAGUGAGGUAUUGCAACUUUAUCCUGAAUAUUCAAGCAAAUUCCUAGCUGACAUUCAUCAUGACCUGACCUUCAACCUUGAAGAAGGGCGUGAAGCACUGGGAUUCUCAAAGUUCGCUAAAUCCCCCAGACUUUCCCAGAACCACUUGGAGAGUGGUGACAAUUCCAACAAGAAGCUUCCCUCCAUUUUGGAAACUGAGGAUGAACCAGGUGAAUAUUCUCAUCUCUCACCAGCAACAAAGACCCGGAGGAAGCUCACCUUGCCCGGUUUGAACAGCCCAAUCCGGCGAGGGUCGCUCGGGAGCCUGCUUGGAGAUGACCUUAAGCAUUACUCAACGAUAAGACUUGGCAGUCGUUCACCAGCUAAGUGCAGGAGGGGUGGAAGCCCCCAAUAUAAGAAGGAAGAGACUGCAUCUAGUAAUGGAAAUGGUACUGCACGAAAACCAUCAAAACUACUUCUACCAUCCCUAAACUGCUGUGGACCUCCUGAUUUAAGUCCGAGAAUUGUUGAUGGGAUUGAAGACGAUGGCAAGACGUAUGAAACACCAACAUUUCACUUUAACGUGGAUCAGAAUUUUCAGAAGCUGACCAAAAUUUCUCCAAAGAAAGCUGCAUCUCAGGUGAAUCCAGCUGCGGCAGCUGAGGCACAAGAAAUAAAACGGAACAUCUGCAGACUUAACCAGGAGAUGAAUGAUCUGAAUCAGGAAGUAUCUCAGCUUGCCAAAGAGCUUCAUCAUAUGAUGCACCUUCUUCAAAGGCAAUUGGCUGCUCCGCAGUACACCCCUACAAUGAACUGCUCCCCCUAUGUUGUCUCCAUGGUUUCAUCCUCAACUCCUUCUGCAAACAGCACUGGGGUUGAAUGGCAACCAAGAUGCUCAUAUGCUUUACAGCCAUCUGCUCUACAUGCACAACCUGGCCCAAUCACUGGGACUCAGCACAGCCAAAACACAAGGACUCCCAGCUCCUGGAACUUCAGCAAUCCUUCAACUGCAGCAUGCUAUCCAGGGAGUUCUGUGAGGGCAACUGUAUCAUGCCAAAGGACAGCGGAUGUAGAACUUCACCAUCCAACGGUCAACUGUUUCCACACAGUCUCAAGUCCUGUGGCGUCAUUUCAUUAUCAAAUACCUCCAGGUGAUCAGGGAAAGAGCCCAGUGCAUCACUCAGACUUGAAUCGAGUUCCUACUCAAGCUGUAGCAGGCUCUCCAAAUGUUGCUCGGUCGGUCUCACGGAACAGUGGAUGCUCCAUUGCUGCUUCUCCUUCUGGGCGGCCUACAUUAGCAUCCCAGAAUCUAAACCUUUCAACGUCGCCAAGCCCUUGUCAUUCUCUCUGUCCAUCUAUAAGUGCCAGUACCUCUCCUCUGAUUACAGCGGGUGCGAAUCUAUCUGCUUUGCGAACUUCAAGCUCCAUGCAGCCUGUUCACAACUCUUCAAACUCUGUGCAUUCUGUUCAAAUCUCACCAACCCCCAGCCCACUGAUUUCAAUCAUUCCUACACCUUAUCAGCCUGAGACCACCUCGCUAAACAUUUGUCAAUCCUUCUCAGUCAUUCCCAAUCCUAGCCACUCCAUAUUUAGCUCACCAAGCUCUAAACAGUGUUUCCCAUUAUCUGCUGUUUCUGGCUUGAGUUCUAAGGAGGAUUUAAUGGAGCUGAACUCUACAAGCACGGGCGAUGAAUGUAUAUCUUGA